UUUAACCUGCCCGUGGGUUUCUGUCUGCAGGAAUCGGAGCUUUCCUGAGGAAUGCGUGGAACAAGGAGCCGGUUAUCAUGGCUUCUUGUGGAAUUGGACUGGUUGGUGCCAUUCUUCCGUUCAUCAGCCCACUUACAAAAUAUACAGCAAUGUUGAACGCAGCUGUGCCGUACAACUACCCAGUUCCUGUGCGAGAUGAUGGAAACAUGCCCGACAUUCCAGCUCAUCCACGUGAACCAAAAGGAAGAAACUUGGAUUGGAUCAAAAAUCUAUAACUUCAGAUUUUCUCAUGUUAAUAUCUGUCUAAAUAGUUGCCUCCAAUGUCUGUGUCCAACAAUAAAGAUUCUAUUUAAUUCUA